AUGCAAUUCUCACUCGUCCUACUCUCGGAACUCCUCGUCUAUGCCCUCGGCGCCUCCGCCGCUGCACCAAUUAAUCUAUCCAAGCGAGCCGACAACAUCCAGUUCCAAGUCUGCGAAAAUGUGGGGUAUACGGGGAAAUGCGUUACUUUCCAGGCUGAGCGAGGGGAUUGCGUGGAUAUCGAUACGUUCAACGAUCAGGCUUCUUCGGUAAGGGCGUUUAGCGAUACACAUUGUUGUAUUUAUGCGGAUUAUGGAUGUAAUGGCAAGAGAUUGUGUGGGGUUAAUGUUAAAGGGAUUCCGAAUUUGAUAUCGUAUAAUUUUAACGAUAUUAUGAUGCCAUACCUCAAACUAAUGCGAGUUGAUGGUGAUGGGGAAUUUUCAUUCGUUUGGGAUGACUUUCGAGUGCCGAAGUUCAAGGAGGUCAACAAGAAGAUCAAGGUACACGAUGUAGUCAUGCUCCAAAAAGCUCGUGGAAUCGUCCGAGCUUCAAAACGAGCCUGGACGUAUAAAGAGGUCGAUGGUGACUGUGAUUCAAAGUCAACUCAACCAUCCUUCAACCAUCCUUCAAUCAUCUAUUUACUCAUAUCACCAAUUACAAUCAUGUAUGUUUCCAAAGCAUUGCUCGUUGCUGGUCUAGCUGCCGUGACUUCGGCUUAUCGAAUCGAUCUCUGGAAAGAUUACAAUUACCAAAACACUCAACGAUCAUAUACUACCGCUGGAACUCACUCCCUCGGCUUCUCCGCCAAAUCAUGGAUCUGGACCAGCGCAGCCGGUGAUGGCUGCUGCGUCGUCUUUUGCCGAGGAAGCACAAAUGUUGGGAAAUAUUGUGGUGGCGCAAGGAAGGCCGAGUCUUCUGCUGGGACCACAAAGGUUGUCAUCGGCUGUGGAAGUGCUACGUUGAACUGUUAG